UACAUUUUGUUUAUGAAUCAUUUGCAUUGAAAACAUUGGAUGUUAAGAUGCAAUGAGUUGUUAGUGAAAAUUUGUUUUCCACGCUGUCGCUAAAUAGAUAGAUGUUAAUAAAACCGUUGAUAGAAGGAGUGCUAUUCAUAAAAGGUGGAAAUCAUAUAGUGACUGUUUACUGAAAAGGACAAGCAUCGAUAUCUGCAGCGCUCUAUUUAUAGAUGAGUCAAAACUUAGAGGAAAGUCCAGUAUCGGACAACAAAAUGGACAUAUCGGAAACAACUACAUCUCAGGAUUCGCCUCCCGGUUAUUCGCCAGAAGUUGAAGAAUGUAAUGGAGGAUACAAGCAGAGUCAUCGUGGUAGUGACAUCACCAUUGCUCCUGAAGGAAUGGGAUCGACUGUAGCGGCCACCAAUGAUAACUGCUGCAGCAGUAGUACAACGUAUCAGCAACAUGGAGUGCUAAAUAAAUACUUUGACAAUCGCAAUGAAGAGCCGAUACAGGAUGAUAUGCUUAGUUCGAAAACGGGGAGCCGCAUUACCAAUAGUGGAUUGACGCCAGUUAGUAGUCACCCGUUGAUGAUGAUGUCACCGACUGGGAGUGAGUCGGAUUCAUCGGAACUAGCUAAUAUGAAUAAGAAUCACGAGGGACUACAAAAUUAUUACCAGUUUCCCGAUGUCAUCCCGGUUAGUGAGCAACCACCUCUACGUUUGGCCAACCCACACCCAAACAGGACUGAGAAAUUGACGAGCACCGGUACCACUUCGAAGACAACAACUACAACACGGUCGACAACUUCGACACUUGAUGUGAUAAAUAACAUAGAUAAUGCUAAUACCAUGAAGAAGGCUUCCCUACUGCGAGAUGCAAGUCCGGAUUUUUUGAGCAGUGGAUCAGAGCAGGAUUUGUCGCAGUUUCAAGCGUCGGUUACGCCAACCUUCCAAUCGGUAGCCUUAGUGCAAUCACAGUCGAGUUCUCAGCUGCAGCAAUCGUUCCAACACAAUUCAAUCUCACCAAAGCUGCACCAGCGAAGGAAGGUUCCCUUGUCUACCGAUUUGCUGGUGGAUGACAUAAGUUCAUUGGAAGAAACGAUCUCCAAUCAUAGUGUUGACGAUUUACAACAAAAUCUAGUGUCGUUGAGUCCAUCUUCGUCGAUUUUGGAUGAUAAUGGCUUCAAUGUGGACAUCGAUGAGGAUUUUUUGGAAGUACCCGGAACGCCUAAGAGUCAUAGUGGAAGUAAUGCACCAUUACCACAGUAUUCAGCUCGUGACGAGGCCCGUGAUAUUAGAAAUUGGCAGAAAAUUACACUGCCAGAUGGAAAAACACGUGAAAUAGAUAUGAAGGUGAUUGAACCAUAUAAACGGGUGCUAUCCCACGGAGGUUAUCUGCAAUCCGGUGGGCACAAUGCUAUAGUGGUGUUCAGUGCGUGCCAUUUGCCUGAUCGUUCUCGGGCGGAUUACCAUUAUGUAAUGAAUAAUUUGUUUUUAUAUGUGGUAAAAACUCUGGAGCAGUUAGUAACAGAGGACUAUGUACUUGUCUACUUGCACGGAGGUUCCAGCAGAAGCAAUGUGCCCCCAUUUCCGUGGCUUAAGAAGUGUUAUCAGCUGCUUGAUAGACGGUUGCGGAAGAGCUUGAAAAAUCUUUACAUGGUGCAUCCGACAUUUUGGCUGAAAUCAGUCGUUUGGAUGGCUCGGCCUUUCAUUAGUUCCAAAUUUUGGCGCAAGCUAGUGUACGUGAAAACACUAGGCGAACUAUACCAGUUGGUGCCCGUCGAAAAAGCAGCCGUACCGGACAAAGUGAAGAACUACGAUUCUCGCCAUUCCUAACUUCAAUCGCAACUGAUCCAUAAAGAUGCCAGAGACCUUCGUUGCUAUUGUAUGCGGCAUCACACAGAUUUUCGUAGUCAUCGAAAUUUUGACAUCAGUUGUAGGUACUCUUUCAGCUGACAUCUGCAGAAUUGCAAUGCAGGUAUGAUCUCUGUUUUAUGUUUUACAUUUAACUUACUACCGAAUGAAAUGGACCUAGUCAAACAAAUAACGAUACUGUUAACCGUCAAGCCGAAAAGAGGACAUCUUCAUCGUUAGGGGAUGAAACUACUAUACGCAAUUUAUAAGCAAUGAUUUCAUCGACAGCACUUAGUAGAACAGUAAGAGCUUAGUUUCACUGCAGCUCAUGCAUAAUACCUAAAGAGAAGAACGGUUUUUAAGUAAUACUGAGUGGGAAAAUGAAUAGAUUUUUAAGUGAUAUGAAAAGGUGUGAUUAUGUAAUAUAUAUUUUAGGAAUGGACUCUUCAUUACACUAGUAGCAUUUCCGUCGGUA